CUUGUCAUGUGUUUGAUUUUCAUUUUCCUUAGAAUGUGUUACUUUGCUGAAACCGUAUUCGAAGGCUAGGUCAAUUGAUCUCCUGCAAGAUACACUUGAAGGUUAAGUAACUACAGAUCUCAGCUAAUCCUGUGUAAUCUGCUGUUACUAAAUGGCUGUUUGUAUUCCAGGCACACCAGUUUCUGAAUGCUUAGGAUUGGGUUUUUACCUUUUGUUUAAAUAACCUCGAAAAGGAGCAAUGCAUCUCUUUGCAUGUCUGUGCAUUGUCCUUAACGUUUUGGAAGGAGUGGGCUGUUCAUGUCCUUCACAGUGCACCUGUGAUUAUCACGGCAGAAAUGACGGCUCAGGAUCAAGGUUGGUGCUAUGUAAUGACAUGGAUAUGAACGAGCUCCCUACGAACCUCCCCGUGGACACUGUGAAGCUUCGCAUAGAGAAGACUGUCAUCCGCAGAAUCUCGGCGGAGGCCUUCUAUUACCUGGUGGAGCUCCAGUAUCUCUGGGUGACUUACAAUUCCGUGGCCAGCAUUGACCCCAGCAGCUUUUACAACCUGAAGCAACUGCAUGAGUUGCGCUUGGAUGGGAAUUCUCUGGCUGCUUUCCCUUGGGCAUCUCUGCUGGACAUGCCCCUUCUGAGGACCCUGGACUUGCACAAUAACAAAAUAACCAGUGUGCCAAAUGAGGCACUCAGGUAUCUGAAGAACCUUGCCUACUUGGAUUUAUCAAGCAACAGACUCACCACGUUGCCACCAGAUUUCCUGGAGAGCUGGUCUCAUUUAGUUACAACACCUUCUGGAGGCCUGGACCUUUCCCCAAGCAGGAUUAUUCUUGGUCUACAGGACAAUCCUUGGUUCUGUGACUGUCGUAUUUCCAAAAUGAUCGAGUUGUCAAAGGUUGUUGACCCUGCUAUAGUGCUUCUGGAUCCAAUGAUGACUUGCAGUGAACCUGAACGCCUCACAGGAAUUUUGUUUCAGCGGGCUGAAUUGGAGCAUUGUCUGAAACCAUCAGUGAUGACCUCAGCCACCAAAAUCAUGUCUGCUCUUGGCAGUAAUGUUCUACUGCGGUGUGAUGCCACUGGCUUCCCCACCCCACAGCUCACAUGGACCAGAUCUGACAGCUCGCCAGUUAAUUAUACAGUAAUACAAGAAUCUCCAGAGGAAGGAGUCAGAUGGUCCAUAAUGAGCUUGACAGGCAUUUCUUCCAAAGACGCUGGGGAUUACAAGUGUAAGGCCAAAAAUCUGGCUGGGAUGUCAGAAGCCGUGGUUACUGUGACAGUGCUUGGCAUUACCACAACUCCGAUACCACCAGACACUUCUGAAAGAACUGGAGAUCAUCCUGAGCGGGAUGCCCAGCCGGGAUCUGGAAGAUCUACAUCUGGAUCUAGCACAUCAUCAUAUCCUUGGUCCUCUUCCUUCUCCCCCACAUCUUCUUUUUCUGCUUCUACUUUGUCUCCUCCCUCUACUGCUUCCUUCUCUUUAUCUCCUUUCUUCUCCUCCACUGUUUCUUCAAUCACAACUCUGAGCACAAGCAUCUCAGCCACCACCAUGGCCAACAAGCAAUCAUUCCAGCUCCACCCAGAUGGGAAAAGAAAUUUAAAGGCAGCAAAGAGUGGAAGUAAGCUUCCUCCAGCCAGCACAAGUAAGAAAGAAGAGCUGGCAUUGUUGGAUCAAACAAUGCUUACGGAGACAAAUGCCACAAUAGAAAACCUCAGGGUGGUCAGCGAGACUAAAGAGAGUGUGACAUUGACGUGGAAUAUGAUCAACACCACACAUAACUCUGCAGUGACUGUGUUGUAUUCCAAGUAUGGUGGGAAGGACCUGCUGCUGUUGAAUGCAGACUCCAGCAAGAACCAAGUAACCAUAGAUGGCUUGGAACCUGGUGGGCAAUACAUGGCCUGUGUCUGUCCAAAAGGAGUGCCUCCCCAGAAAGACCAAUGCAUCACCUUUUCUACCGAAACAGUAGAAGGAGAUGAUUCUCAAUGGUCUCUCCUUCUCGUGGUGACCAGUACUGCCUGUGUUGUUGUCUUACUAUUGAUUUGUUUCUUGUUGUACAAAGUUUGCAAACUGCAAUGUAAGUCAGAACCUUUUUGGGAAGAUGAUUUGGCAAAAGAGACUUAUAUCCAAUUUGAGACCCUGUUUCCCAGGUCUCAAAGUGUAGGUGAGCUUUGGACACGAAGUCACAGGGAUGACUCAGAAAAAUUGCUGCUUUGUUCGAGGUCAAGUGUGGAAUCUCAGGUGACUUUUAAAAGUGAAAGUUCCAGACCAGAGCAUUAUUGCUAAGGUUGUGCAGCUCAGGUGCAUGUGAGCUACAAAAUUAGCAUCUAAGGGUAUAAUUGACCCUAGGUUUGGAUGACUUUUGGACAGACUUUCACAUUGUGUGUGAAAAUCACAAAUGGAAUGCUUUUAAGUGUGUUUAAAAAAUAGCAUGAGACCUCUGAACUGAAAAGACAAAUAACGUUGAUUUUUUUUCUUGUGUGGAAAAGGUCUACAGAAAUAAUUUUUAGAGUGUUGCUUACUAAAUUAUUAAUACUUUUUAGGGUACUGUUUUAGUUCUUAAAAAUAAGUUCAUAUGAAAGUAGCAAAUGAACUCUGUAUUUAAAAAUACAGUUUUUUGAGUAACGAGGAAACAUUAGCAAAACCAGCUAAGCCUUGAUGUUUAUUCAUGUUCGAAGUGCAUUAUGGCAUUUUCUGUGGACGUUUUCUGACAUUGCCUAAUGGAGAGUGUGGGAUCACAAAGGAUUUUUCGUUCACUAAGGUUAAAUCUAACUCAUGGGGGAGGGAGGGCUCUGUCUCUUCAUACCAUUAUACAUUGUAAUACUAUAGAGUUGUGUUCAUAUUGCAUGUAAGAAAAAUGUUUGCUUUUCUUUAGAAAUAUAGGUAUUAGUAAAAGUAAGUAUACAAAGAGGAUUAUGACAAAUAGACCAUUUCUUUAAAAAUGGUAACUGUUACAUUGAAACACAUCUGCUGACAGAUAAUAUGGAUAUUUAAAAAUAACUUUAAAUCAGUCUUUUAAUAUUUUGCUAUUUGCUCUUAUUUUCUCCCUUCUUUCUUCCUUCCUGGUCUUCCCUCCCUUUCCUUCCUUCAUUCCUUCUUUCUUCUGCUUUGUCAGAAGAUAUACAAGUGGCCAAAGAAUCACAAGCCAAGCAGUUUGUCUUCUGCCAUAUUAUCUUUUGAUUUCUGUGAUAAAGAAAAAGCUUUUGAAAUUACUUACUGCCCUUUGAAAGUCUGUUUUAGAACCCCAAAGGAUAUUUGAGGAUUUUGAAAGGGAAGCCUCAGUAGAUUCAUUUGGUUAGACUCUUUUCCUAGGUUAAAAACAUCGGGGAACUUAAAUACAUAGGAAAGGAGUUCAUAAAUAAAAUUUAGUUUUUUUAGAAAGGGAAUAUUUUAAUAACUGUAGUGUACUAUAAGAGACAUCUUGUGGCUUUAAGAUUAAUGAUAGUGAUAAGACCGACUCAAGCAUCUCACAGGGCUGAUAUUACAUGCAACUUAGCAGGAUGCAACCUGUCCCAGUGAUUUCCAGGAGACAAGGCCACCUCAGCACAGAUGCAACUUUCAUAAAUCUUAGAACAAAGCCUACCCUUACUAGAUUAAACCUGCUCUAUGAAAGAAACACUUGGUAAUUGACCCAGACUGAAUACAUGUAUAAGAAAUGGGAAAGAUCUCCCAAACUCUGAGAAUGGUCCUCAAAUAGAAGCCCUCCUAGUCAGUUGGUCAUCUGACCUCUGACUAUAUCCGGCCCAUGACACCAGCCAACUCCUGCUUUCCUUGUAAGAGGAUGAAAUUUAAGUAAGUCAAUGAGUGAUGACACCCAUUUCUAUAGGAGGAUCAAGGGAGAGUGGCCAGGGCCUGGCUGUGAUCGAGAGAUUGGGUGAGAUCUGAGGAACACUCUACAGUGGGUCUGGCAGUUUUUGUUCUGUUUUCACAUCUGUUGCUGCCUUCUACCUUCACUUCAUGCCUCUGUUUUGGAGGUAGACACCAGGCAAAAUUUGCCAAAAUUACUUUUAAGACCACUCUGGUCCCACAGGAAGGUGGGCUCCUAGGAGGAGGGUGGUAGGAAUGCUGUAAGCUGGGGGACACCCUGGGCUUGAAGAGCCACCCACCAACUGGUGUGUCUCUAGCCUCAGCUAUGGGAGAGGAGCUCCCCGUCCCCAAAGGUCCUGGCAUCAUGACCCCACAGACCAAGAAGGCUCAAGUACAGCUUCUCCACAGAAAGCUUAUCUGUUGCCCGCCAACCGGGGAAAGAGACUUCAACAGACCCCUGGUCUAAUGCUGUUAGCAAAGUCACCAAAUCACCAACGGGCAUGUUGCUGCUAUCUCUGUUCCUCUGCAUGCUCCCAGUGAGACAGUGCGGCUUCCCCAGGGCUUUACCACCCCUACAAUGCCUACUGGGUGCUGCUGGCAGCAGCCCAUGUGCAGCACAUCCAAAUCACGGGGCUCCCUCACCUCAGAGUUGCCACUCUGCACCUGGCUGACCUGGAGGCCUGUGAGCUGUGGCGUGAUCAUCCUGAGUGUGCCAGAUUACCCCCAGUGGCACCACAGGCAUUGCCAGUCACCUCCUGGCCACAGUUAAGAAAGCAGCUGCCACCUCCAGAAAUAGCUAGGGUGAGGAAGAAUGUAUCCCAGAUCCCAAAGCAAGUACUCUCUCUAGCAGGACUGGGUUAGUAACCGUCAGAGUUGGUUGUUACAAAGUGAGGUUCCUCCUUGUCUUGGCUCCCUUUGGCACACUCUGCUUCCUUUUCCACUUCUCUGCCAUGCUGUGACAUGGCAGAGGCCUCACUGGAAGCUGGUCAGAUAUAGUGGGCAGAUCUUUGACUCCUAGGCCUCCAGAAUUGUGAGCCAAAGUAAACCUCUCUUCUUUAUAAAUUACUCAGUGUCCUGUUCUGGUGACUCUCCCUUACUCCUGUCCAUUCUGUUAUGACCACAGAAAACAGACUAAGGAAAUUCUUAUGGAUAGAAGAUGCAUUCUUACCUUAAAUCUUAGAAACCUCAGCAUAUGAGGGUUUUUUUUUUUUUUUUUACUUUAUUA